AGGUUUCACAGAUUUCCCAUUCUCAUUUAAACAGUCUUUAACUUGUCUAUGAUAAUAUAGUUCAGAUUUAACAAAUCUAAGUUAAGUGAUUUUUUUUAAUUCUGGACCUCGUCCAUUGUGGUCCAGAUCGUCCAGAUGUGAAAAAACAGUGAAAUCUUCGCUUAGUCGCGUUCAUUGAAAAAAAAAAAAAAGUUUUCACCAAUUUGAAAGUGGAUGUUAAACAGCGUUAAAGUUUUGACUGCAGUAUCUAAUGCCCUUCUCAACAGUAAAGAGUUGCAGAAAACAGAGAAUCAGUCGAUUUGUAUUGUGACUUAAGUUUCCCUUAUCUUUCCACUUUAACGUACGAGUCGGAAGCGAACUUCAGCAUCGUGCAGGAGACAUGGCAGCAUAUGUGAGAAGCGUGGUAUGUCUUGUUUCCAGAGAGCGACCUGCUUUUCUAACAGGGGGGAGCGGUGUUAUUGUGGCAUCAAAGCGCUAUGUCCGCGGACUGAGGAGGAAGCCUGUCAAAGUGCUGUUUCCCGACGUCGAGACGGAUACGGCGGUGAAGACCAGGCCACAGUCACGGACCCCAGAGCAACAUGUCAAGAGGGGGAGGAAGGAGGAGGCAAAGGUCCCAUCAGCUGCAGAGCACCUGGCUGAAAGUGGCUCUGUGAAGGCGAGGAGUAAUGAGCAGCCAGCUAUGAAACAUGCUCACCUUUCUUUUGCAAAGGAUCAAGUUGAUGGACUGCGCUUUGAGAGGGCUUUUCCUGGAGAUAAAAGACUGGGGAGGCUAGUGAGCAUUGCUCGUUCUCGGACGUUUCGAGAGCACCAGGGUAAAAUUCUCGUGGAGGGCAGGCGUUUGAUCUGUGAUGCCUUGGAUGCUGGUGCCAACCCACAGAUGGUGUUCUUCAGUACAGCGGAUCGGCUCAGAGAGCUGCCCCUAGACAAGCUGAGAAGAGCCACACUGGUCAAAGUCAAGUUUGAGGACAUCAAGCUCUGGUCUGACCUUGUGGCUCCACAAGGGGUGAUUGCCAUAUUUUCUCGUCCGGACCCAUCACGGUUAAAAUUCGCAAAUACAAGUCAUACAGUGCCGCUGUCCCUGAUAUGCGACAAUGUCCGAGACCCGGGCAACCUUGGGACCAUGCUACGAUGUGCUGCUGCUGCUGGAUGCCAUAAUGUCCUGCUCACCAAAGGUUGCGUUGAUGCUUGGGAGCCAAAAGUUCUGCGUGCAGCAAUGGGCGCACAUUUCCGCCUUCCCAUCUAUCCGAGCCUGAGCUGGGAAGACAUUGAAAAUCAUCUCCCUAAACCUGUGACUGUCCACGUGGCUGACAGUAGCUGUGGCCCUGACAGAAGUCGAGAAACAGAAGAUUUGCAAGUUAAUGUGUCCCACAAGCCCUCCAAAGCAGGAGACUAUGGCUGGGUCAGCACAAGGCACAGUCGCAAUAAUAUGCACCAUGAGGAAUAUGAUUCUGACUCUGAUUCUUACUCUGACUGUGAGGAUGAAAGACUUUCACUCCCCAGAGUGGACACCAAGCUCUACCAUGAGAGCUGGGCUCAGAGUCCUACUGCUCUCGUGAUAGGUGGUGAGACACACGGUCUCAGUCUAGAAGCAGUGCAGUUGGCUGAGGAGACUGCCGGUCACAGGCUCUUUAUUCCUGUCGUUCCUGAUGUGGACAGCUUGAAUUCAGCCAUGGCUGCCAGUAUCCUUUUGUUUGAGGGCAGGAAGCAGCUGUUAAAGCUAAUACAAACAUCUGGAAGGAAAUGGAAAUCUAAAGCUCAGGGGCAGUUUUCAUGAUGUUCAUGAUGUAAAUAUCAGUGGAACCCCCGAUGUGUAUUUGUCCAUAUAACAUACACCCUGUUAGUAAUAAAACACAGAGUUUCAAUCAGGGAUUUGCAAAGUGUUUGUUUGAGUUCAUGUCAAGUGAAUGUAUACCUGACUGCUGAUUCUCUCUUAUUAGAUUAACUCUAGGAAGGACAAGUCUCACUGUGUCAGUCCUUGCAGCCACAAUAUCUAUGCAAAUAAGCAUAGCUCACUACACUUGAGUAUGAAGAGCGAGGUCAAAAGUUUCUAUGGCAUCUGAAGCUUGUACAUUAACAAAAUGAAUCAAUCUGCAUACUG